GUAUGGCUGGCGCACUCGGCCGGAGCGGCUUAUGGAAGCUUCAAUGUAUAUUUGCGACGAAGGAUUUUAACCAACUUCUGCGUGACGCGGCCGGGAGGGUCCCGUGCUGCCCUGGUGCGGUGCCGGACCGAUGCGCUCGACAAGUGGCGCCGUUGCCGGGGAUAACGGAAAGCCGACCGUUGUCCCUGGUGGAACGACAUCCGGGUAUGAGAAGUGGAUGAGAAAAGGCAUAAAGGAAGGACGAGAAAGUGGAGCAACGUCAGGUACGCCUGCAGAGGCAAAAGAGAAAGGAAAGAGAUGCAACCGCUUCUGGGACCCCGAGAGUAACAAGGAUUGUUACAGACGUAUUGGCACAACUGGGGUAUGCGACAGAGCCGGUGGUGCAAAGGAGGGUAGUAACGACUAUCUAAGUGAAAGGAAAGGAGCCGGUGAUAGAGGAGGUUGUUCAGGAGGAGCUAUGGGAAGAGGAAGAGUCGGUGCCGCAUCGCCGGACGAAGGCCCAGCGCAAAGUGCCGCCUGGGCGACCCAGAGUAAAUGUGGUGGGGUCGUGCCCACAAUCAGGAAUGAUGUCACUCUGCAGGCCCGACUGACACAGGCAGCACGAACGAGAAAUCAAGCCAAAGCCAGCGCCAGCCAAGAACCUCAAAGGAGGGAGCUGGAGCAAGGAAAAAGAAAAGAGGCCAUGGAAGUGGACGAUGACGACAAUGAGGAGGAAGAGGACGAGAGGCUGCGCAAGGAGGAGGAUCAGAGAGCGGAGCAGUGGGCGCGGAAAAAGGGAGCCAGGGGAGAGGUCGAGCCGGUCGUGCGCGACGGACCGCCCAAAAGGAAGAAGUAUGCGGUUCGAUUGGAGGAGGGGUUUGACGUGGAGAAAGUGAUCGACCGACUGCUAGAAAGGCACAAUGACCUCAUGACUCUGAAGGAAAUCCUAGCGUCGGCCCCGCGACUCCGCGAUGAACUGAAGGGGAGGUUGUCGUGGCGCUCGGUGCCCAACGUCCAUCUGGGCACGAUUCUGCCCAAGGAGGCAGAGUGGGCGGAGUCAGGCACAAAGAUGGAUUGGAAGUGCGUGGCUUGCGGCACGGUGGAUUUAGUGGUAAAAGGCUCCAAGUGUGCAACAAUGAUGGACACCGGGGCGGAGAUGAACAUUAUUCGGGAGGCGAACGUGAUAAGAUUCGGGCUGGAUAUAGACCGUUCUGACAACGGUAUUCUGCACGGAGCCAGUUGCAAGGCCGUAUUUUGUGGGACAACCUCAAAUGUACUCAUCGAGGUUGGAAAGGUGAAGGUCAGGGCUUGCUUCUUCAUCAUGCCGAACGUGGAUCACGGAAUCCUCCUGGGGAGGUCUGACUUUACGAAGGCAGCCAUGCCAAGAGGAGGGAAGGGGACACGGCCACCUCAGAGGCCGUUGGGAGCAUCAGGAGGAUAUGAGCGGCAUGGGCCUCGCCAUCGAGAGAGUACUCCGGUGUACGACGAUGGGGACAUCGAGCUAUUCCUGGACAACUUUUGGGAUCAUGCGAGGCGUACGGGCUGGACCGUGGCCCAGGCGAUCGAAAGACUGAGGGGAGCAAGCAGGUUCGAGGAGCCCAUUGCCAGGAUUCGUAGGGAGGCGACGACGAGGCAGGAGGUGGAGACGAGGAUGGAGGAGUUCUGACCCUCGCCUAUGGGACCAGAUGGCAGGCCGAUUCGUCUAGAAAUCGA